GGCGGGGGCGGGGUUUCGGCGGCGGCGGCGGCAAGGGGGUGAAAUUUCUCGAAGGUGCGGCGGGGCCGGGGAGCGGGGACGUGGGUCGGGUGCAGCGGGUCCUUGGUGCCGCCAUGAAUCACAAGAGCAAGAAGCGGAUCCGCGAGGCGAAGCGCAGCGCCCGGCCCGAGCUGAAGGACUCGCUGGACUGGACCCGUCACAACUACUGCGAGACCUUCCCGCUCAGUCCCGCUGCCUGCAAGGAUAAUGUGGAGAGGGCGGAUGCACUCCAGCUAACGGUGGAGGAGUUUGUUGAGCGUUAUGAAAAGCCGUACAAGCCCGUAGUCCUGCUGAACGCCCAGGUGGGCUGGUCUGCCCAGGAGAAGUGGACUCUGGAACGGCUGAAACGCAAGUACAGGAACCAGAAGUUCAAAUGUGGGGAGGACAAUGAUGGUUAUUCUGUGAAGAUGAAGAUGAAAUACUACAUUGAGUACAUGGAAACCACGCGUGAUGACAGCCCACUGUACAUUUUUGACAGCAGUUAUGGAGAGCAUCCCAAGCGCAGGAAACUCCUGGAGGACUACAAAGUACCCAAGUUCUUCACUGAUGAUCUGUUUCAGUAUGCAGGGGAGAAACGAAGGCCCCCUUACAGGUGGUUUGUGAUGGGCCCGCCUCGUUCUGGGACAGGAAUUCACAUCGACCCCUUGGGAACGAGCGCGUGGAACGCCUUAGUCCAGGGACACAAGCGUUGGUGCCUGUUCCCCACCAGCACUCCCAGGGAGCUGAUCAAAGUGACACGGGAGGAGGGAGGGAACCAGCAGGAUGAAGCUAUCACGUGGUUCAACGUCAUAUAUCCCAGGACGCAGCUUCCCACCUGGCCCCCCGAAUUCAAACCCCUGGAAAUCUUGCAGAAGCCAGGCGAGACUGUUUUUGUACCAGGUGGCUGGUGGCACGUAGUUCUCAAUCUGGACACAACGAUCGCCAUCACACAGAACUUUGCCAGCUGUACCAACUUCCCUGUGGUGUGGCACAAGACGGUGAGAGGGAGACCCAAACUGUCCCGGAAGUGGUACAGGAUCUUAAAGCAGGAGCAUCCUGACUUGGCAGCACUGGCUGAUUCAGUUGACCUGCAGGAAUCUACUGGCAUUGCUUCUGAUAGCUCUAGUGAUUCUUCCAGUUCCUCAAGUUCGAGCUCUUCCGACUCUGAUUCAGAGUGUGACUCUGGCUCCGAGACAGAGGGGAUGAUGCACCGGAGGAAAAAGAGGAGGACGUGCAGCAUGAUGGGGAAUGGUGAUACAACUUCCCAGGACGACUGCGUGAGCAAAGAGCGCAGCUCCUCCAGGAUUAGGGAAUCUUGUGGAGGCCGCAGUUACCCCUGAGAGAUAACAGCACCCACCCAGAGGCAGCUGCCGAUCGGAGCUCCGCUAGCAGCCGGCCAGCUCUGUGCUACCCCCUUCUGCUCCUGCUCCUCACAAUCCUUUUUUGUCACUUUUCUUCGAUCCCAACAUCAGUCUUCAUUACGUGCUGUUGAAGGUUGGCUCCUUACUAACUGAAAGGGGAACGCCCCGACUACAUUUCUCGUGCAAUGCUUUGUCCCCUCUGCGCCCCGAGUGAGUGCACUAAUAACCCAUCUUUGGGUACGGACAUGCCAAGUAUUUAAUGGUUUGUGUAACUGGCGAGGAAGACAACGGUCAGUUUUUAAAGAACUUUUUAAAACCAGCAGGUAAAUCUGGAAACCUGCCUUGCUUUGACACUGUCAUAUGUUUACAUGUUGUCCUGUACACUUGAGGAAAGGAACACCAGCCCUCCUGGCCCAGCGAAUGUCAGCGGAUCUCGCACCGGUUUCAGGCAGCGGAGGUGGGAUGAAUGCUCCAAGCACUGAAGCAACUUCAGUGGGGGUGACCACCUACCUGAAGCAUCUUCUGUGGUCUUAUCCUGCACGUACGCAUCUGAAGUGCAUCCUGUUAACCAGCCACGAUCCAUUUACUUCUGCUCUGCGUAGUAACAAAGAUGCACUAGCACCUUGCCGUAGGAAUCUCGAUGGAGCCAGAGAGUCCUGGAGUUUCUUGCACAGCAAAAAAAACAUGGGGGAAAGUCAGCAUUUGCCAGUAAUGACACUCCUUUAGGUGUAGGUGUGAUGCUUAGCACUGGGCAGCAACUGACAAAGUCUGACUCUUACAUAGCAACAACGGUUGCUGGGCUUUAAGUACUGAGCAGUUGUGGGGCCGUGGACUUGUUCAGGCCAGUGCGGUUCACGUGUGUAAAUGGCUUUUCUUUGAGGCCGUGGGUUCCGAAAUUUAUAGAACAUACAGUGCCAAUUUUAAAGGACUGGGAGGGGGGCAUAUCGAUGUUGGAUGCUUUAUAAAAAUGAAAUGUGAUGUUUUAAGUCUGUGUAGGUGCAUUUGUAUUAUGGCGGGUAAAGCUCUCAUCCCCAAGGGAUCUGUAGGAUCUGCUGUUCCUUUCGCAGGGGCUUGUGCUGGUAGUGUCAGCAAAGAGGUCUGUGCUGCUGGAGGCGUGCUGCAAGGAAGCAGUGCUUCUAUUCUACCUGCACAGUGCAGCCAGGAGCUGGCUGUGUUGGGAUGCUUCCUUGAGUGCUCUCCUGAGGCCCAGGAGGUGGCAUUCCAUCUCACAUCAGCCGUUCUUCUUUGAGAGAGGGAGGUUGGAAGCAGAAGUGGUGUGCGUGUACUAAUCCUGCAAUAACGCCCAGAACUGGUAGCUGAAUUAAAAAGCAGAUUGGCAGCCUUAACUGUGACUUCUGUUGUAUCUGCUGGGUUUGAUGGAAGCCGGAACGUUGUCUGGAUUUUAUUUAUUUGAACCCUGUCUCUUUCCUGUUUUAACACUCUCUCCCUCUUGGAGAUUGGGCUGUGUCCUGUUGUGCAAGGGAACCCGAACUACAUUAGUCAGGAACUCAGCUUCUGAAACUCCUGUACCAGUCAGUUCAUGUAGGAGCAGUGUGUUGGUGAGGAGGGAGAGAAGCUUUGUUGGUGUAUUCCUUAGCUGUCCAGACUCCUGAAUUUCCUAUGGUAGCCACAUGUAAGUGAACACGGACAUGCCCACUCUAUAGAGCGCUGCAGAUUAUUCCAGAAGAUUACUUCACUUGAAGAAAACUUCCAUAACUACUGGUGUUUCUGCCUAGGGUUGCCUUUUUUUUUUCCUGCUCAAUCGAACGGCCCAGGACUCUGCACAACCCACGUAGUCCUCAGAGAGAGCGAGCUGCAGCUGCUGCCUGUGGAAGAACGGAGGGGCAGGAGUUCUGCCAAGCUGCAGAAGCCUGAUGUCUGUCACGGUGAGAGGAGCCCUUCAUAGCAGCUGUGCUGUGUUUGAGGAGGCUGCCUGCCCUCUUUGCUGCUGGCCGGUUGCUUUGUGAGGAAGAUGGUGCACGCUGCAGCCUGCUGAUGUGUUCGGUGUGCACGGUUCAGCUUUGCCAUCUUAAAUCUUACGCAUGCUUGGGAGGCCGAGCACCGCGCCAGGAGAGCCGUGCCUGCUCCACCAGAAGCACAGCAGGGAGGACCCACGGUGCAGAGCGUUCUGUUCCUUCGUGCCUAUGAACUCUCCGUGGGGUGAGAUAAAGCAGUUUCCAUCUGAAGGCUGCGUUCAUGAGACGUCCCUUACGGAAGUGAACCACGAGCAUCGUGAUUCCUGCAGCACCGCGCUGACUUCUCCACGAGCGCUCUGUGAUAGGAAGCAGAGGUGUGUCUGCAUCAGCUGCCUGGGAACUGACACUCCUGGCAUCUCCAGUUCUUCCUCCCCCAGGCUCUUGCCUCAGCCAAGUUGGUGAGCUUCUGCCUUUGUUAAGAUGGGGAAAUACCUACCUCACAGGGGUGUUGUGAGGCUGAAAUGUGAUUACUGUGUAAGAUGCUCUGACAUCCUUCUCCCAAGUGUGUUCCAGAAACACUGAGUGAGCUGAGGCUUCCUAACCAGGCGUUAGCUUUUCCUAGCAGCAACAUUCGGGAUGUUGUGCAGCACUUUUGGCCACGUGGUGUUCUCUGGUGGGCCUUCCAGAACUGCUGUGUGGUACGUAAAUGGAGGCAGAAUGAGGCUUUUUGUCCGGCCAGGAUUUAACAUUUGGCAUUUCGUCACUUGCUCUAAGCAGGAGGUUCUGCUAUUUCGCUAGAUCAGGAUUUAAAAAUACUAACAAAUGAACUGGAUAAGUUAACUCUUAUCAGGGCGUCGGCCUCGCUGGCCUUACAGGAGGAAGGGGAUGUUCCCCAGGCCCCUUCCGUGCCAGAGCAUCACGUUAUGAGCUGCUCCCAUUGUGCCUCGAUCCGUGCGUGUGGGAGCCUGGCUGGGGAGCUCCCGUGUGCUCUCACUUCUCCAGACUUGUGCUCCUUGCAGCAUCGAUGCCCCUCCUAACCCCACUGCUUCCGCGUACUGUAGAGCCAUGGAUGUAGCAGACCCAGCGAGCCCCUCGUUUCUCCGAGCCCUGCAGCGCAGCACUGCUCUGCCUCAGCCCCCACGCUCAGCCUGCUCCGUGCUGGUUGGAACUGGGCUUCCCGGACACGUGAUGCUGUUGUGCCUGCUCUUGCCAAAGGGAAGGGAGCUGGGAGCUCAGGUCCCCAAUGCAGGCUGGUCUGCUCUGAGGGUUUGGGUGUAAAUGAAUCCCCCUCAGAGCCGCGGGCUCAGAGCCGCGGCCAUUGCUCAGCACCUGCUGCUGCACAAGUGCUCGGGGCAGGUGAUGCUGAGGAGGCGCUGGCACACAAACCUCCCUCCCCUUUCCAGCUUGGAUGGGCUGGCUCCGCUUUGUCUUCUCAGUUACAUGAAGCCUCUCCACGUGCUUGGAAGGAAGACAGCAACCUCUUUUAUAGCAAACCUGGAGCCUUUUCCUCCUCGAAUCCCCAGCCAUCGUGGGGCAGAAAGCAAGACUGCUGCCUGAAUGAGCCGAAAUGCCCGUGUGGGCUAAUGCAAUAGAAAUACAUAUUGUAACAAGGAUUUGGGCAUUCCCCUUCUUAAGGGGGGAAGGAAAAAGCGUGCAGAUCCAUGCAGCAGUCUGUGCCAGCCCCCAGCCCCGCCACUGCCAUCAGCUGCUUUUAUCCAGCAGAGCUGGGAUACUCUUCAUCGUCUCGUUUGAAUGAUUGUGGUUUUGCUUUUUAUUUUAAAUAAAAUCAAUUAUUUUGCAUUC